GAGCUCUUUGAGCUGGGGGCACAGCCCUACCCCCACCACUCCGACCGGCAGGUGCUGGCCUACGCCGUCCGGGAGCAGCAGCUCAGGCUGCCCAAGCCCCAGCUGCAGCUGAGCCUCGCCGACCGCUGGUACGAGGUGAUGCAGUUCUGCUGGCUGCAGCCGGAACAGCGGCCCACAGCCGAGGAGGUGCACCUGCUGCUGUCCUACUUGUGCGCCAAGGGCGCCACGGAGGCAGAGGAGGAGUUCGAGCGGCGCUGGCGCUCACUACGGCCCGGUGGGGGCGGUGCGGGGCCCGGGGCGGCGGGCCUGACACUGGGGGGCGCCGGCGAGCUGGCCGCCACCUCAUCCUUCCCGCUGCUAGAGCAGUUUGCCGGCGACGGCUUCCACGGGGAUGGCGACGACGUGCUGACCGUGACAGAGACGAGCCGCGGCCUCAACUUUGAGUACAAGUGGGAGGCAGGCCGCGGCACCGAGGCCUUCCCGCCGCCCGGGGGCGCACUGAGUCCGGGCGGCGCUGCGCACUCGCAGGAGCUCUGCGCCCCCGACGGCGCACCCCCUGGCGUGGUGCCCGUGCUCAGCGCGCACAGCCCGUCGGUGGGCAGUGAGUACUUCAUCCGCCUGGAGGACCCGACGCCUGCCACGGACCAUGACCCUGACUGCGCCGGCUGUGCCCCCAGCACCCACGCUGCGGCCCUGCGUCCCGACGGCAGCGAUCACGAAGGUGACUCUGACGGCAGUGCCGCCGCCUCGCUGGCCAUGGAACCGCUGCUGGGCCAUGCGCCCCCUUUUGGCGGCCCUUGGGGCCACUGUGACUACUACCCGUGCAGGAGCCAUGCCCGUGACCUGCCCUGCGCCUCGCGCUCGCCCUCUCCGGGGACCUUGAUGCUGGCAGAGCCCCGAGUAGAGGAUACCGACUGGGGCGUGGGGGCCUUCUGCCCGCCCUUCUUUGAAGACCCCCUGGGCACAUCCCCCCUCGGGAGCUCCGGGGGCCGGCUGUCCCCAGGUGGGGAGCAACCGGGGGAGGCUGAGGCACCCAGGGCUGCCCAGCACAGACACUGGAGCUCCAACGUGUCGGCCAACAACAACAGCGGCUGCCGAGCACCGGAGCUCUGGGGCCUGGGCCGUUCAGGCAGCUACCUGGACUGCCGCUCCGGUGUGAGGCAGAUACUGCGGGCUGUCCCCGAGCUGGGCCGUCCCAUGGCCCCAGACGACCUCAGGGAGCCUCUCCUUGGGCCAAAGGGGGCCUCCUCUGCUCAGGAGCUGGGCCGCUGCCUUGGCCUGCCCCCUCUAUAUCCUGCUGAGGGCCUGGCACCUGCCCCCUGCCUCAUCACCUGCCCCUGGACAGAGGCAGCCGUAAGUAGGGGUGACAGCCCCCAGGCAGAGCCCAGGCUUGCAGAGGAGGCUGAGGGCUCUGCUGGACUCCAGCUGCCCCUUCCCUCCAUCCCGUCCCCAUCUCAAGAGGGAGCGCCACUUCCCGCCGAGGAGGCCAGUGCCCCGCCCACCCUGCCUGCCUCGCCCACCCCCAGCAGCAGCCAGGCACCUGCCACUGAGCCAGCCCGGACCCUAGACAGCGACAGCAGCUCCCCUGAGCUGGAAGCGCCAGGCAGUGAAGAGGAGGACACGGCUCAGGCCACUUCCGGUGUCUUCACCGACUUGUCCAGCGACGGCCCACAGGCUGGGAAGCCGGACGUGACACCAGCCUUCUGCUUUCUGCAGAAGCAGGUGGGGACCCCCGACUCCCUGGACUCCCCGGACAUCCCGUCCUCAGCCAGCGAUGGUGGCGGUGAGGUCUUCAGCCCAUCAGCUGUGGGCACCCCUGGAGGGCAGCCCCGAGCCCCAGACAGUGGCUACGACACGGAGAACUACGAGUCCCCGGAGUUUGUACUCAAGGAGGCGCAUGAGCCCUGUGAGCCAGAGGCCUUUGGGGAGCUGGCCUCAGAAGGCGAGAGCCCCGGGCCCGAGACUCAGCUCCCCGCAUCUUUGGGUGGCCUCAGCGAGAAGAGUCCCUACCGCGACUCUGCCUACUUCUCAGACUUGGACGCGGAGCCAGAGCCCCCCUUGGGCCCCGCGGAGAAGCGAGGGGGUGUCCCAGCCCCAGGGCCAGAGCCCAGCCUGGAGAGCCCGCAGGGCCCCAGGCCGCAGUCUGCACAGCCCUCCCCUGAGCCUGAGGUGUCCAGGGAGGCGCAGGGCGCGGGCCCCGAGGAGGUGCCGCCACUGCCAUUGCCCAAGGCCUCUUCUCUGGAGCCAAGCGCCUGCCCUGCAGGCCCCCGGCUAGAGCCUCCUUGGCCCCAAGACCCAGCCCAGGUGCUGCCUGUGUCCAGCCCUGGGCAGUCUAAGAUUUUCCUGCUGACCCCAGUCCCAGCAAACUCAGAAGGCCACUGCCCUGAGCUCCAGGAAGCCCCGGGACUGCUGUCCGGGUCGGGCCUGCAGGAAAGGACAGGGGGCCCAGGUGUCCCCCGAACCCCACUCUGCUUGGCCUUGCCGGGAUUCCCUGCAGCUCCGGGGGGCCGGCGGGAGGAGGAGGAGGAGGACAGCGAGGACAGCGACGAGUCGGACGAGGAGCUUCGCUGCUACAGCAUCCAGGAGCCAAGUGAGGACAGCGAGGAGGAGGCGCCGCCGGUCCCCGUGGUGGUGGCGGAGAGCCAGAGCGCUCGCAACCUGCGCAGCCUGCUCAAGAUGCCCAGCCUGCUGUCCGAGGCCUUCUGCGAGGACCUGGAGCGCAAGAAAAAAGCCGUGUCCUUUUUCGACGACGUCACGGUCUACCUCUUCGACCAGGAAAGUCCCACCCGGGAGCUCGGGGACCCCUUCCCCGGGGCCAAGGAGUCGCCCCCCGCGUUCCUGGCUGGCAGCCCGGGAUCCCCGAGCGCCCCCAGCCAACCGCGCCUGGAUGACCGCUCCCCAGACGGGUCCGUGGCGGAAGAGGGCAGAGGGUUCGAGUGGGACUCCAGCCUCCCGCCGUCGCCGGCCAUGGAGUCCGCCCCGCCUGCCGCGUCCCCCAAGCCGGCCACGCCGGGCCCUUUCUCCCGCUUCGCCGUCUCGCCCGCGCCCGCCUCUCGCUUCUCCAUCACGCACGUUUCCGACUCGGAUGCCGACUCCUUGGGAGGCCAUGCAGCAGGGGCUGGGGGCAGCUGUCAAGAGGCUUGAGGCCCAGGUGGCCCCCCCGUUGGAGCCCCUGCUGGUCCUUCUCCCGGCAGCAGCGAGGAUGGUGACCACGAGUGGUGGGACCUCGAUUCUGGCAGCAGUCAGCAGCAGCUUCCAGGGCUUCGCUGGUCCUCGCAGCCCCUGGAGGCGCAGCGCAGGAGAGGCCCCCCGCUCUGGCCCUGGAUGGUGGAGCAGCUGUGCCCGCCAGCCCCGCGCUUCUCUGCGGGCAGGAUCUGUUCUGGACACUCGGUUUGCUGCUAGUUCCUGGGAUGCUCUGCAGCCCCAGGCCGCUCCCCCUUGCCCCCCGCUGUCAGGGGACCUCGCACGCCCUGCCCACCGGGGUCCUGCAGUGCACUGCAGGCCACUGUGUCCUCACCCCAUCUGCCGGUUCAGGGUUCCUCAGUGCAAGAAAAGGACCCCGGGCUCUGGUGCCCCGGCUCCAAGCCUGCAGCUCUCUCCUUCACUGGAUCAGCUAGACCCGUAAGCUCCCUCCCCACCGGGUCCGGGGCCGCUCCUGCCUAGGCUCUGUGAGUGGGCCAAGCUGGGGGUCUUCCUGGCCCCAGUCCUGCCGCUGUGGCCCUGGUCUAUUGGUGCCCGAGGCUGGCUAGUGUGCGCAGCUCCCCUCUGCAGAGCUCUGCCCAGCCUCGCCCAGCUGCCAAAGGAAAGUGGGUGGUUCACCCCCUGGUCAGUGUCGGGGGUUCCUGUGGGAAGGGGUGCUGGGAGGGAGGGUGGGGCAGGGCAGCCCAGGGAGUAUUUUUGUAACCGCUGUGGAGCGAAUGGAAAUGAGAUGCUUUUAAGUUAUUGUUGCCAAAGAGACAAAGUUUAUUGUUGCUCGGGGGUGUGUGGGUGGGGACGUCCGGGGUCUGUGCUGUCUUACUAGUUUGAGGCUUAGGAUGCUGGUGUGAUUGUCUUGUUCCUUUUUUGUUUGUUUUUUAAGAGAAAUCAAAGCUAAGGG